CCCCCCCCCCCAAAUUCACUGUCACUCUCUUUCUCUCUCUCUCUCCCUCCAAUUCCUCCGUCGCCAGUUCGAACGUUUGAAACCCAUCAAUGGCCAUGUCGCAACUGCCUCUUCCUCUUCUUCUUCUUCAUCUUCUACUCCGUCGUCUUUCCUACUCCGCCUUCGAUCACCGCUUUGUCUCGGCAGUGGGAGGAUUCGUCACUUUUUCUUCUGUGAAUAAUUUAAUUGCAGGGGUGUAGGGUUUGGUGCUGUGGUGGUGGUCCCCCCUUCUCUCUCUUUCUCUCUCUGUGUGUCCAUGCUUCGUCGUUGUGGCAAUGGGGUUGAUUUUGUGGCGGAAAAUCUUGGAGGAUUUUUAAUUCCUGGAAGUAUGUAGGAUGUGUUAAGGGGAUGGUUUUGAGGGAAUUGACUGUUUGCGUGGAGGAGACUUCACGGGGUCGGGGUUUAGAGUGGUGUGGUUUCUUGAUGACGGAGGAUUGCAAUGGUUUCACGUGAAUUUUUAGGUUGACGACGAGGGAUGCGUUACGUUGGAUUAUUUUGGGAGGAAGGUUGUACGCUUGCGUUACGGUAGCAUAAGUGUAGAAGUUAAAAGAAAAAGAAAAAGAAAACAAGAAAAAAUGAGCUCUCAGGAGGAUAGUCGGCGUAGGCGGCGCGAGCAGAGGGAUGCCCGAAACAGGGGUGGAGGAGGGGUGCAGACGUCUCAACCUGACCAAGAGAAUGCGAUGUCGAUGCAAAAUGCGGAACAGCGACGAGUUCUUCGGUCUAAGUACAGACAGCUCAAGCAAUCUAUUGCAGAAGAUGCGGAGGAGCUUAGUCGCUUGGAAUCGAACAGAUUUCAUGAACUUGUUGAGAAGAUGGAUGAUCUUCACAAAGAAGUGCAAAAACCUCGAGAGCAGAUUGCUGAUGCUGAGGCAGUUAUGAACCUCACCAGCAAUUUUCUUGGAAGUGUGAAGGGAAGCAUGCGCAAGAAUGGUACCAGUCCCGCUGCAUUUAUUAGUGCCCUAUUAGGCACCUUUGGUAAUCGGGCUGUUGCUGCAGACGAUGAAGCAGUUCUAGAAGUUGAUUGGGGAAAAUUAGGACUUGCAGUUUCCGGGUUUCUACGGGAAGCUCCAGGAGUAUGCACGAUGCUUGGACCCAUGAACAUUGAACCUAAGGUACGACAAGCUCAUGCACCCAGAGCAAAGAGGAUCAGACCUACUGAGGAGACACGGGCUGAAGAGGUCAGGGACCAAGGUGAAGCAGAGGCAAAAUCAGAGACUGAUGCAAAUAUGGAGACUAUGUUUAACAUUCUCAGAAAAGUCAAGCGUGCUCGGCUGGAUGCUCUUGUUUUGAACAGAGAAUCUUUCUCACAAACUGUGGAGAACAUUUUCUCUCUCUCAUUCCUUAUUAAGGAUGGUAGAGCUGCAAUCACAUAUGAUAAAGACGGGACACAUCUUGUCGCUCCCAAGAAUGCUCCAUCAUCUCAUGAUCGUCAAAGCGGGCAGGUCACCAAUACCCAAUUUGUAUUUCGAUAUGACUGGACAUGUUGGCAGACAAUGCAAGAGAAGCUGGAGGCGGGAGCAGAAUUGAUGCCUGAUCGGCAGUCCACUUUAGAUCCAUUACUACAACCAUCCCAAUCCACACCUAUCAGGAAGCACUCGAGAAAUCGAGGGCGCGAAAGUCGAAACGCAAAUAAUCCCGAGAAUGACGGUGACGAUGUCGAACCCGAGGAUGCGGGUCAGCGCCAUUCCAAGAGAGCUCGUGGUCGGUAGUCUACAUCCCAGCCUCAUGACACCUUGUCCGUCAUGUUCUCGUUUAUCAGUUGUGAUGAGGCAUGUCUCAGAGUACCCAUUUCAACAAUUUCCAAGUGCAAAUGUAGGUUAUUCAGUCGUACAUAUCACUCAAUAUUUUUUAAAAGUUCAGAACUCUGCUGAGCAUUUUGAUCCUAAGGUGAUUCGUAAGAACCCUUGAUAAUGGCUUGCGAAUCCUGAGAGAAUUCUGUAGCGUACUUUAUUCCUUCGGUAGCAUACAAACUACCGUCUCAAAGGCGCAUAGCAAACGUCAAAAGCCAUCUGGUCAUUAAGACCUGGCUCUGUAGAUUAGUCUCCAGAUGUUCUUUUCGUACCUAAUUGUUGCCGUGAACUGCGACAACUCUGGAGGGUUCACAGUCGAGCACUGCAUUUUGUUCUAAUCCGACAAUUUUGGGCGGAAAUUUCCAACAAUGACUUUUUUCACCUUUUAGCUUCA